AAAAAAGAGACGGAUCUGACACGAUUUUGUGCCAUUGAAAGUUAUUUUUGCCUGUAAAAUUUUGUGAUAUCUCAUCAAGUGUUUGUUUGUUUCUGUUGUUUUACGAAGCGGAAAAUCCACUGUCACGCCAGUUUAUCAGUGUGUAAGUGCCGAAAACUACCAAAACGGCUACCGAAAACUUAAACUCGAAAGACCAACCAAAUUACAACACCAUGUGUAUGUAUACUUUUUAAUUAUUUUUCUAACCAUAGACAAUUUUUUUCUGCAGUUGGAACUAUGUGGCAGAACCCAGGUGUUUAUCCAGGAGAUCAGAAUCAAGGCGGGUAUCCGCAGCAAGGUGGAUACCCGCAGGGCGGUUACCCACAGGGAGGAUACCCACCCCCACAGGGUGGAUACCCUCAGGGCGGUUACCCACCGGGGGGUUACCCGCCGGGCGGAUACCCACAACAAGGCGGAUAUCCUCCCCCGCAGCCAGGAUACGGCGCAGGAUAUGGCGAGCCAGCAGGAUACGCGCCUCCGGGGGGGAGCCUGGGCGAAGAUGGAGAAGUUAAAGGCUUCGACUUCACUGAACAGUCCAUACGCAGAUCUUUUAUUCGCAAGGUGUACGCGAUUCUCAUGUGUCAGCUGCUGGUCACGAUGUCGUUCAUCGCGCUGUUCCUGUUCCACGCGCCCACCAGGACCUGGGCGCAGCGCAAUACUUAUCUCUUCUGGAUAGCUCUGGUGGUGGUGUUUGUCUGCCUGAUCGUGAUGGCGUGUUGUCACGACGUGCGGCGGAAGGCGCCGCUGAACUUCAUCUUCCUCGGCUUGUUCACUGUCGCUGAAAGCUUCUUACUGGGUCUCACUUCUAGCGUCUAUCAAGUUGAUGCGGUAAUGAUGGCAGUGGGUAUAACGGCAGCAGUUUGCCUCGCGCUGACACUAUUCGCGUUCCAGACCAAGUGGGACUUCACCGUCAUGGGCGGCUUCUUGCUCUGCGCCACUGUUGUACUACUCGUGUUUGGUAUCGUCUGCAUAUUCAUUCCCGGCAACAAAAUAGUGACACUAGUGUACGCGUCUAUCGGAGCCCUCAUAUUCUCCCUGUACCUCGUCUACGACACACAGCUCAUGAUGGGUGGCAAACACAAGUACAGCAUUUCCCCUGAAGAAUACAUCUUCGCUGCCCUCAACUUAUAUCUGGAUAUUAUCAACAUCUUCUUGUACAUUUUAACUAUUAUUGGAGCCGCUAGAGACUAGGAAAGAGAUUAGGGCCUCGGUUUUGAGUGUUUUUAAGUAUUUUUUUGCUAAGUUAUACUAUGACAUGGGAUGUUUAGUGUAGUCACUGAGUGUCUUUAGUGGCACUAGUGAAGUCACUAUCUGACUAAAAGUGACAACAGUGUAGUCACUUUUGACAUUGGUUUGGUGACUCUAGUGUGGUCACUAUCUGUCUAAAAGUGACACUUCAGUUUUCUGAGAUUGUAGUGUCAGUUUUGUGUCGUAGUGUAAACUUAGUUUUUGAUGUCGAAUCGUAUUUUUGGUGUUUGCAUAAAAAAUAAUUACUAAAACUGAAACUACUCUAAAACUGAGCAACGAUUGUCUUUUUGCUCGUGAAAUAUUAUAAAAAAUAUGUAAAUGUGGCUUAACUCUUUUUUUGAGAUAGAGUACAAGUUAGGUUAGUGUUGUGGGUUUUAGCACAUAUGUGUGUUUUUUCUCGUAACUGGAGGGGGGUCCGAUGGUAUCCGAAGUUGCACGGAAAUUACCGAGUGAACAGUCAUAUAAAUAUAGGUUAGGGUAGUGAUGUUAACUUUGAUUUUCUUUCUCGUAUAAAAAAUACAUCAAACUUUAAACUUUAUGUGAACACCAAAAUCUAGCUUCUCAAUAAAAUUAAAUAUUUAUUCGGACACUACUUAUUCCAAUGAUGGAAAUAUUCCAAAUCUUGUAAUUUGUAAUUGUCGACUUUAUUUGCUAAUGUUUAUAUGUGAUGUGAUCGAUAUUUUUGCAUUUACUUUGGUAAGGACCGAAGCCCUUUUGAAAAAUAUUAAUAAUGACGUGAUCCGUGUAACAGGGGCUUAUACAAUUAAUAACAAAAAGCUUAUAAGUAGUUAUUAAUCCACAAAUUAUAAGAAAUUAUAUUGUCUAUGCCUAUUAAGCAUUUUUGUUCACUGCAGCAACCAAACUUUCACUAUCUUCUCAAAUUAUAAUUUAGUUACCACUUUCAAAAACUUGUUAGUUUUGUAAUUUUUCACCUAUCAAAACUACGAAAGUUUACCACCUUUGAGAAUAAAGGUGAGUUUGUUUUCACCUGCUUAUUUUUUCCACAUAGCAAAUAAUGCUUGAAAUUUAAAAUGUUUUUUACAUCAAUAAGUCCCUUUUAAGGUUGAACAUUAUAAGCAGGAACGGAUCAUGUCGAUUUAAAAAAAAAAAACAGAUUACCUAAAACAAUACUUAUCUCACUAGAAUAGGUGAAUAGACUAGGUCGCCUUUGCACUGUAAUCAGUCCAAAAAAAACUACUUAACUGUAUGUAAUUGGCUUUUGGAAAAUUUUGCGCAACUUUUGCGCAAAAAUAUGCUUUGCGCAACUAGUUUGUUGUAAUACUAUAUUUUUAUAAUACGCAAUAAAUAAUUACAGCUAAUUGCUUCAAAAGUUCAAAUAUCAUUAAAAUUUCAAAAUACUAAAGUUGUGCAAUAUUUUUCUAAACCUAUCUUUGGGCUCGCAAUAAGCAUUAUCAUUGUAUUUCUGCUCACAAAAGGUUUUAUUCAAUAAAAAUCACAUCUAUGUGCACAAAGGUGACUUCAAAUCCAUAGAUUUAAUUAAAAAGCUGGCCUGUAUUUAUGGUAAUAAACAGUAUUGUGAUAUAAGUAUAUAAACACUCUAUUCUCACACCAGGCUUUUUGGCAUAUUUUUAUGUAUCAAAAUUUUUCCUCAUACAUUUAAAUAGAAAGUACCAAAAAAUUACGUAUUUUUAGUACCUACUUGCUUUCUUUCAUCACUGAAUACCACCAUGGUUUAUACAUACAAACUUAAGAACUAAUUAAAUAAUUUAUAUUACUAUAUAAAGUUAGAGUUUAUGUUAAGGUUUUUGUUAUUUUCCUUUAUUAAUUAAAUGUAAAAUAUUAAUAGUG